AUGUUACAAGAAGACUCGCCCGGGGAGAAAUUUCUGGCUGAAGGAGGUUUUGGAAGAGUCUACAAAUCCCGGAAAAAUGACAUACGGGUUUAUUCGGAGUAUGGCCCUGAUGUGAAUCACUUUAAUGCCAACAAAUUUCAUGAUGAUGCUUUUACGCAAAAUAGGGUUCUUCUUGAGGCACCGAAUUGCCCUGAGAACUUGCAGAAGAUUAUUUUUAGUUGCUAUCAGUUUGAUCACGAGAAACGCCCAAAGCCUAUGGAUGCUUUCUUGCAAUUUUCGCACUUCACCAUGCAUGAAAUUUUCCCAGUCGAGCUCCAAUUCGACUUUCAACCGUACGUUGAUCCAAGUAUCAGCAAAGAGUCCUUGGUGUUGAUGAAUUAUCAUUUCCAAGCAAAGAUUGUUUGUCUUGAUGGAGAAACAAUUGAGCAUCCAUCAUUGAAGAAUUACAAGGAAUGGCAUGAAGAACGAAAAUCAUCAAUGCCUCCGAAAACGAAAGAGAACCAAUUCCUUACACUCAAACAAUUAAAGAUUAAAGCAAUAAGGGAACAGUUUGGAACUCAAGAAUGUCAGGAAGGAUCGCGACAGCUUGUGGAAAGUAAAGAGGAACGCAUUGCGAGACUACUCGAAAAACAGGAAACUAAACACUACAAUGAAUUUUUCGACUUUCUUGACAAAUUUAACAUUGGAGAAAUGAAAGACCAAAUGAGGAAAGGACUCGAAAAAGUGGCAAAAGGGAAUGAGAAUGAUGUUGCGGACAGCGAGAAAAGUCUUCGAGAGCGAUUAAAUCUUAUGAAAAAAGCUUCCAUGGAAAUUGUUGACAUAUGUGAUCCGGAUGACUUGGAAUUGCUCUCGGACAUUUUUGAUGGUCAUCUACAAAUGUUU